AUGGAUAAUACAGUACGUCAUGCCGCGGACGCCGAUGCCAUUAUUCAUAUGAGGUUGUUUCGUGCGCAGCGGAACUUCUACAUCUCCGGUUUCGCCCUUCUGCUUUUCCUUGUAAUCAAGCGCAUAAUGGGUCUACUCAGUCGAAGUGCUCAGCUCGAAGCCGCUAGUGAAGCAGCGAUGCGUCAAGCCGAAAGUGCUUCUAAGGCAGCAAAGACACUUAUGAAUGCAGGAGGCGACGGUGAAAUUGCUGAUCUCAAUCGCAAGAUAGAGGAGUUGGGUACUGAGCUGAAGAAGACUCAAGUUGAUCGAGACACCCUUCGUAAACAGGCGGAAUCCCUUCAAAAUGAAUACGACCGCGUUUCCGAUCUUCUUGUGAAAUAUGAGGUA